AUCACGUGACAUACAUGAUUUGGUCCACUACACCUCGUUUUCUGUAGAUAAAAACAGCUAAUUUUGGAGACACAAAGAUCUUCAAUCUACAUUUUCUGAAUUGCUUAAAUAUAUGGAACAACAUUUGAGAAAAAUACUUUUUAUUGGCAGACCAUAGCUAAUUGUUAUCUGUAUAUGUUAUAGCAUGCGGCAUGACUUAGUAAGAUACUAUUUUCUUUGCAAAAUAGCACAAAUGUAGGUUCUAGAAGAAAUUCGAUGGCUAAAUGUACCUAUAUAUACAAAAUAAAAAAUAAACGAUUAAACCUGUUAUUACUCCGAUACCGAUGGAGGCAGCAUUUCACCGCUUUCUUGGUCAGUCUGUCACUGAAGAAGAUAACUAUCCCGCCCCCACAAAAAUCAUGGCGGCCCCCAUGGUAGUCGGUCGAAAUAUUCGCACCUUCGGAAGGAUAUUCGUGGGAGUCUCACAAUCGUUUUUACAGGGAUCAAUAGGAUUGAACGCUUGCAGAUAUCAUGGGAGAUCUACAUUAUGUCGCCGUCUCCAGUUGCCUGCAACCUGCCUCCACACUGGAACCUUCUCUUCCUCUCUUCCCUCAUCUGUGAUUGUCACAGAGGAGCCGGACACACUGUACCAGAAGGUGUCUCUGCUGGUGAAGGGCCAUGACAAGGCAGUCCUGGACAGCUAUGAGUUCUUCGCCAUCCUGGCUGCCAAAGAGCUGGGAGUCACUCUGGGCAAAGUAUUUGAGCCUCCAAAGAACAUUGAGCGGCUGACACUUCUGAAAUCUGUCCACAUCUUCAAGAAACACAGGGUCCAGUACGAAAUGAGGACGCACUACCGCUGCAUAGAGCUCUCUCGUGUGACUGGAUCCACUGCACAGGUGUACCUGGAAUACAUACAGAGGAAUCUGCCAGAGGGUGUGGCCAUGGAGGUGACCAAGACCUCCAUGGAGAAGGUUCCAGAGCAUCUCCUGGAACCUAUGUGGAACGACCCGCCAACUGAAGAGAAGCCCAGCCAAUAAGAGCAGAGUCACAUACAUAAGCUGCUUAUCUCAGCACCCAAUCAAGAAGACAGAACCUCCAGCCCUGAGACCGGUCCAGAGAAUAUGCUUGUUGACAAGGGUCAGCCAGAGCAAGGCGCUGUAUAGAUGAUCUGAUCAACUACUAAACAAAUAGGUAUUGUAACUGUGCGGCCCCUAGCUCAGGCCAACCCUCAUGAACAAGCAGUGACUCAGUAUCUGUGCAUCAGGGCAUCCUCCACAAAAGCAAGAACUGAAACGGACUAUUUCAGUCCAGAGAGAUGGUCAGUAGUCAUCUGCUCUCUGAGUUAAGCUUAUGCUGCUCAUUUUAGUUGGCUUCCUUUUUCUUGUAAUGUCCAACUUUCUGUACUCCAAGACUACAAGAUGUAUGUUUUCUGUUUUGUUAUUAAACUAUUAAUUAUCAUGUC